AUGGAGAACCAGCACACCUUCCUGUACUUUGCGUACGGCAGUAACCUGCUGAAGGAGCGGCUGCAGCUGAGGAACCCCUCGGCCACCGUGCACUGCGUGGCCAGACUCAAGGACUACAGGUUGGUGUUUGGGAACCAUAAAGGCCUGGCCAGUGACCGCUGGCAUGGCGGUGUGGCCACGAUCGAGCAGAGCCCGGGAGAUGAGGUGUGGGGAGUGGUGUGGAGGAUGAACAUGUCUGACCUGGAGUCUCUGGACAGUCAGGAGAACGUGAUGUUGGGUGCGUACAGCCCCGUGGAGCUGUCAGUGAGGAUGAGCGGUCAGGACCUCCACUGCCGGACCUACAUCAUGAACAGCUGUGUGUACGCUCCUCCGUCACCUCAGUACCUGAAGGUGAUCGUCAUGGGAGCAGAGCAGAACGGGUUGCCUACGGACUACCAGGAGAAACUGCGAGCCAUCCAAACCAACAUGUACGAGGGUCCACUUCCCGUCUUGGCCGAAGUGGAGCGAGCCGGGAGACGAGCUGCAGAGAGGGAGCGCAGCGAUCCACUGUGCCACUGA